CGCCGUGCCUCGACCCGUGACGUCAGCGCGCACGGCCCUCGGCGUUCGACGAGCUCGCUCCCUUCCAGCAAGCUGCAGGCCGAAGUUGGGGAGGGGGCGCUCGGCGGGCCGGCCAAUGGGGGUACGCGGUGGUCGGGGAGGGAUCCGGGAGGAUGGAGUGGCGGAGAAAGGGAAGUAGAGCGGGAGAGGACGUGAAGGGCGACGCGACCGCUGAUUGGCCCAUUUGAAUGAGACGCUGGCGCACGCGCGUGCCCCGACGCCCAGGAGAUCACUCACGCGACUAACGGUCGGCCGUGGAGCCUGGGCAGGGCGAAGGGAGGUGGGACUCUGGCGGUUUAAAAGGACGAUAGAAGGCGCGCCGGCCAAUAGGGGCGCGCAGUCGUGGAGUGGCGUCACGAGACGCGCGCGGGCCAAUCCUUGACGGAGAAGGCAGUACGGGGGUUGGGGGGGCGAGGGAAAUGGAGAGCGACCAAUGGGAGCCUUGCCUAGCGCGGACCCAGGCGCUUGCAGCCAAUGAAGUUCGUUGAUUUUUGUGUAUGCAAAUGAGUGUGCGCGGAUGCCCGCGCCCCUUCCUCAGCCGGGAGUGGGGGUGGGCGCUGGGAAUCGUUGUACGUUUUUCUCCGAGGCGCCAUUUUGUGCUGAGAAUGACCUGUGACCUGCGUGGUGUGUCAACCCGGCGCUGAAGGCUUAGACGCCUGGCCGUCCAGUGUGUGAGCUCUGGCCCCAGCCAGGCUUCAGUCUCCUCCUGUGAGGACUGUGCCCGAGAAAGAAGGAAGAGCCCCCAGGCCUUGUUGAGGGCCUGGCCCUGCCUGUGACUGACAGCGGUCUCCCGCCAGCCAGGCCUCGCCGGGUCUCCCUUUCCCUGUCUGGUGAACCGGCGCAGAGCGCCCCGGGCGGCCCAGUGUCGGCGCCCUGAGAGCGGGAGGCCCGGGAGCUGACCCGCCUCCUCGGCUCCUGUGCGGUGCGGCCGCGGCGCCCCCGUCAGGCCCUCUCUGCCCUGGUCCCGAAAAGACUCCUCAGGGGGCCCCAGCCUCUGGAACAGGGGCCAGGAACGUGCAGAGACGCCCACCGCCGUAGCCAUGACUAGUUUGUGGCAGAUUGGCCGCACGCGGGCAUCCCGCGCGCCUCGCCUUGGGUGUUAUCCCACCGGGUGCAGAGGAGUCCGGCCCAGUUAACACCCAAGAACCCUGAAGGAAGAGAGGGGUCAAGUGACUUGCCCAGGGCCCCCCCCCCCCAACUUGGGACAUGGCGGAGGUGAUGGUCAGACUGAGCUGUAUCUCAGAAGUCCACUCAACAGACGUAACUGAUGAUGGUCACGAGAGUGGUGGUGAUCGAUCCGGUGCUCGCUGGGCAGAGCACUGUUCUAGUUUCUUUGCAUGCUUCAUCUCAUUGAAUCCUUGCCACAGCCCUGUCAGGUGGAUGUUAUGAUUCCCCUCGGGACACUCUCAGUCGUUCAGUACGCUUUUAUUUUUGAGCACCUAUCAUGUGGUAGGCAGGAUACUCUGGGGAUAUGGCUGAGCAUAAAAGGGACAAAAUCCCUGCGCACUCAGGGAGCUGACGUCUUCGUGGGGAAGCCAGACAGUAAAGCCCCACCCCUGCUAAGAACUUUUCAAGAGCCCUCAACACACUGCGUUUCAAGUAAAUCCCAAACUCCCAUGAGAUCCGAAACGGAGACCCUGUGGACCCAGCGGACCCAGUGGAGGGCAAGCCGGCUGACACUCACUCGGGGGAAGUUUCAGUUGCUGGCUGCACCCAAAGCCUUCCAUCGUGGGAAGCCUCUCCAGCCAGAGCUGACCUGGACUCUAGGAAGCCGUAAUCCUAAGGGAUGUGUCCCGUGCCUCUUACAGGGCCAGCCCAUGGGUUUGGGGUUGAGAUAACCCGGUGUGUGGGCGGAGGUGGGGGGACCACCCGCCCUCGCCUGACCCAGAAUCCCUCCUCAGGUGUGAUGGUCGGCUCCCACGCGGACAUGGCGCCGGCCUCUACCGCAGAGGGGGCCGGGGAAAAGCCGGGCCCCGCAGCUCCUGCCCCCACGGCCCAGUAUGAGUGUGGGGAGUGCGGCAAGUCCUUCCGCUGGUCGUCCCGGCUCCUGCACCACCAGCGCACGCACACGGGCGAGCGUCCCUACAAGUGCCCCGACUGCCCCAAGGCCUUCAAGGGCUCCUCGGCCCUGCUUUACCACCAGCGGGGCCACACGGGCGAGCGGCCCUACCAGUGCCCCGACUGCCCCAAGGCCUUCAAGCGCUCGUCGCUGUUGCAGAUCCACCGCAGUGUGCACACUGGCCUGCGGGCCUUCACCUGCGGCCAGUGCGGCCUGGCCUUCAAGUGGUCGUCCCACUACCAGUACCACCUGCGCCAGCACACGGGCGAGCGGCCCUAUCCCUGCCCAGACUGCCCCAAGGCCUUCAAGAACUCGUCCAGCCUGCGGCGCCACCGGCAUGUGCACACGGGCGAGCGGCCCUACACCUGCGGCGUGUGCGGCAAGAGCUUCACGCAGAGCACCAACCUGCGGCAGCACCAGCGCGUGCACACGGGCGAGCGGCCCUUCCGCUGCCCGCUCUGCCCCAAGACCUUCACACACUCGUCCAACCUGCUGCUGCACCAGCGCACCCACGGCAGCGCCGCCGCCCCCGCCGCGGGCGCCGCCCCCGCCCCUCCGCCGCGGGAGCCCGGCGGCAAGGUCUUGGUCUCAGAGGCCUACCUACAGCGGCCCCUCCAACCCCCCAGCCCGCCGGCGCCCCCGCCGCCCGCGCCCCCGCCCGUGGUGCCCGAGCUCUUUCUGGCCGCGGCCGAGACCACGGUGGAGCUGGUGUACCGCUGCGACGGCUGCGAGCUAGGCUUCGGUAGCGAGGAGUUGCUCUUGGAGCACCAGCCCUGUCCCGGGCCGGAGGCGCCGCCCCCGCCCGCGGACGCGCCCUCGGAGCCGCGGAAGGCCGACCCUCCCCCGCCGCCCUCACUGUCCCCGCCGUCCCCCCUGCCGCAGCCCCCUCCCGCCGCCUCUGCCCCUGGCUUCGCCUGCCUCCCCUGCGGGAAGUCCUUCCGGACGGUGGCCGGCCUCUCCCGCCACCAGCACAGCCACGGGGCGGCCGGCGGGCAGGCGUUCCGCUGCGGCAGCUGUGACGGCGCCUUCCCGCAGCUGGCCAGCCUCCUGGCGCACCAGCAGUGCCACGUGGAGGAGGCAGCGGCCGGGCGCCCGCCCCCCCAGGCCGAGGCUGCCGAAGUCACCUGUCCCCAGGAGCCGCUCGCCCCCGUCCCCGCCCCGCCCGCUCCCGCGCCCGCCCCGGCUUCCGCGGAGCGACCCUACAAAUGCGGCGAGUGCGGCAAGGCCUUCAAGGGCUCAUCGGGGCUGCGCUACCACCUGCGGGACCACACGGGCGAACGGCCCUACCAGUGCGGCGAGUGUGGCAAGGCCUUCAAGCGCUCGUCGCUGCUGGCCAUCCACCAGCGCGUGCACACCGGCCUACGGGCCUUCACCUGCGGCCAGUGCGGCCUUACCUUCAAGUGGUCGUCGCACUACCAGUACCACCUGCGGCUGCACUCGGGCGAGCGGCCCUACGCUUGCGGGGAGUGCGGCAAAGCCUUCCGCAACACGUCGUGCUUGCGGCGCCACCGGCACGUGCACACGGGCGAGCGGCCCCACUCCUGCGGCGUGUGCGGCAAGAGUUUCGCCCAGACCUCCAACCUGCGGCAGCACCAGCGCGUGCACACGGGCGAGCGGCCCUUCCGCUGCCCGCUCUGCCCCAAGACCUUCACACACUCGUCCAACCUGCUGCUGCACCAGCGCACGCACUCGGCCGAGCGCCCCUUUGCCUGCCCCAUCUGCGGCCGCAGCUUUGUCAUGGCCGCCUACCUGCAGCGGCACCUGAGGACGCAUGCCCCGGCCAACGCCGCUUCUGGCCCCGCAGCCCCCGGCGCCGGCCACCAGCCCCCUGCCCCACUGGCUGCCGCCCCAGCCCCGUCCGCCACCCAAGAUGUCCACGUUCUACCCCACCUCCAGGCCACGCUCUCCCUAGAGGUGGCAGGAGUCACGGCCCAGGCCCCGCCCCCUGGCCCAGCAGCCCCCAACUCCCAGACGUUUCUCCUGGUGCAGACUGCUCAGGGCCUCCAGCUGAUCCCCAGCAGCGUCCAGCCCCCCACACCCCCGCCUCCCCCCGCCCCCCCCAAGCUCAUCUUGCUGCCCUCCUCCAGUACUGGUGGUGGGGGCAGCGGUGCAAGGCAGGGCCCACGGGCAGUGGGGAAAGCUGGGCAGGGGGCUGGAGUAGUCUGGCUGCCAGGCCCUGGGGGGCUAGGGGUGCAGGGAGGGAGCAACACCGGGGCCAGCGCGGGAGCGCAGAGCCUCAUAGUUCUGCAGAAUGUGGGGGCUGGGGAGGCAGGGCCACAGGAAGUGAGCGGGGUCCAGCUCCAACCCCUUCGGCCAGCCCCGGAACUGACCACGGUCCAGCUCCAGCCGGCCCCGGAGGUGACCACGGUCCAGCUCCAGCCGGCCCCAGAGGUGACCACGGUACAGCUCCAGCCGGCCCAGGAGGUGACCACGGUACAGCUCCAGCCUGUAACAGGUCAGCUGUCCAAUUCCAGUGGGGGAGCCGUCACCACUGAGGCGCCUAAUCUGCUGGUGGUUCAGAGUGGGGCAGCGGAGGAGUUGCUGGCGGACCCCGGCCCGGGGGAGCCCGGUGACGGUGAGGCCAGCACUGGUGUGGUCCAGGAUGUGCUCUUUGAGACGCUGCAGACGGAGGAGGGGCUGCAGAGUGUCCUGGUGCUGAGCGGGGCUGAUGGGGAGCAGACCCAGCUGUGUGUGCAGGAGGUAGAGACCUUACCCUCGGGGCUGGCUGAGCCGCCAACCCCUGGCCCAACGGGACAGAAACUGCUUAUUAUCCGCAGUGCCCCGGCCACCGAGCUGCUGGAGAAUGGCAGCGUUGGGGGAGGCGCCGCUGCGCUGCAGCUGCUGGCCCCACCACCACCUGGCCCAGGCUCUGCUCCCGCGGGCGUCCCUGCGGCUCCUGCCUCCCAGAUGGUACAAGUGGUCCCUGCAGGAGCUGCACCUGGGGGCAUGACCCCACAGGGCCUACCCUCCAUCCAGUUUGUCCAGACUCUGCCCGCAGUCCAGCUGGUGCACACGUUUUGAGUAGAACCACUGGUACCCCUUCCCGCCCCACACAGAGACCCCGACUCACUGUCAGCCUGGGCUGGGCUGAGCUGGGGGGAGGGGAACUGCAGGCUGGGCUUGCUAAUAAAGACCAGAAUCUCC